UCGUACAAAUGUAUAUGGCAAACCCGGCCGGACCCGGAAAAAACACCUGCAGCUCUAGAUAAUUCCGCUAGGUGCGCUCCUGACCCGGAGGCGUUAAUUCUUUCCCCUCGUCAACCUUUCACCCUCACGUGACGUCAGCACCAGAAUUUCCGGAUGAGUCACUUCGUCAUCAUCUGUGUGUAAAUUAUAGCUGUGUGACUUUCUGUGUUUCUGGUCACUCCCAACGCUUUAAAACACCUUGUAGCAGGACAGACAAGCCUUCAAGAUGUCGAACAUGGAGAAACCCCUCUUUAAUCUGAAAUUCGCGGCCAAGGACUUGCAGAGGAACGCCAAGAAGUGCGACGAAAUGGAGAAGGAGGAAAAGAACAAGUUGAAGAAGGCGAUCCAGAAAAACAACAUGGAAGGCGCCCGCAUUCACGCCGAGAACUCCAUCCGACAGCACAACCAGUCCCUCAACUACCUGCGGAUGAGUUCCAGGAUAGACGCCGUGGCGCAGAGGGUACAGACGGCCGUCACCAUGAAGAAGGUGACGCAGGACAUGGCUGGCGUGGUGAAGUCCAUGGAAUCUGCGAUGCGCUCCAUGAACCUGGAGAAGGUCACCGCGCUCAUGGACAAGUUCGAGCGGCAGUUUGAGGAUCUGGACGUCCAGUCCGCGCAGAUGGAGGACGCCAUGAGCGGCACCACGACCCUGAACGUCUCGACGGACCAGGUGGACCACCUGAUGCGCCAGGUGGCUGAUGAAGCUGGGUUAGAGUUGAAUAUGGAGCUGCCCCAGGGCCAGACCAGCACCAUCGGCACACCCUCCACCGCCUCCGAACAACAGGACGAACUGUCACAGAUCAAUUCUUCAUAGUUUCUUAGCUGUUUAGUUAGGCCAAAAAUCUAUGUAAUAUCAUGGUGUGGUGUUAAAUAUAUAGGAAUAGCACAGCAUUCACAAGCUUUUGUUAUAUUCGGUCUAACUCUCUAUUAUAGAUGAAGCCAAAACUCUGGAAGAGUCUAUGUGCUGAUUGCUUUGCACUGGUAUUAUGCAAGAUUACUCUUUGUUACCUCUGGGGAAGGAGACAUCCUUCUGCGGAAGGGUAUUAAAAUAGUUUGGGAUUUUCAUGUUCGCAGCUGUUUCUCGCAUUGGGGCGGACGGUAUUUGUUUUGCUAUUGGGCUGUAGAUGAUGCACGUUCUUUUGCUUUUAUUGUAGAUGUGUUUUCGGGCGUGAAAAUUAAGACUUUUGGUGGCACCCGAACACCCCUUUGACCCUGAAAAUGGUCGCGCACAUUGACCUUUGAUGUAUUAUCGGUUUGGUCCACUUUCCUUACACUUCGCACAGAGGGGUGUCCAGUUUCAAUAAAUUCUCUGUUU